UGAGGUCCAUGUAGUAGCACCCUGGGUGUUUGAUAAAAUGGCCGGGUCUUUCCUAAAUUCCAGGUUCCUUGGCAUGCCUCACAGUAUGAUCUAACUCAUAUAAACAGCUAAACUUAAUGCAUAUAAAAGGUGUUUAAUGUUCCAUAGAAAAGUUAGGCUUACUUAAAAAUGAACAGUUCAUCUAAUGGAAAUAAAUCAAAAGAAGACAAAACAUUGUACGAUUUAUUAAAUGUGAAACCAACUUGCGACCAAAAAGAAAUCACAGAAGCUUUUGCACAACUGGAAAAAAAGGAAAAUCGGAAUUCGAAGUUGUAUAAAGAUGGUCAUGUUGCUUAUACAACACUGUCUAAUCCAGUCAAGCGAAAUCUGUAUGAUUUGUUUAAUGUUGUGAAUGGUGGCCAUGAAACUGCUCAAGAUUGCUACAGUUGCAGUAAGACACUGUUUGAAAAUGAUAUCGUAAAAGAAUAUUUACGAGCAGAGAAAAACACCAGGAAAAAUGAAGUUCAUCACACUGUUUAUGCCUCGUUAGAAGAACUGUUUACUGGCGCAAAGUUAUCACUGAACGUCAACAUGGAAGUAGCAUGCACGAAAUGUGCAUUGUUAAACUUUGUACGUACUUGUCCGUGUGUUACGUCAAACAACCCUGUAAUUACCGCACAGUGUAGACUCUGCCAUGGCAGUAGGGUAUGCAAGGAGAACUGUUCUGUUUGCAAAAACACAAAAAUAGUCCAAAAAAAUACAAGAUUAAGCGUUAUUAUUGAAAAAGGAAUGAAAUGCGGAGAUACAAUUCGUGUUACGACUGGAGAGACCAUUAAAGGACCUGGAAGCACUCCUUUGAUUGUAGUUGUUAAUAUAAAGGAGAAAAAACAUCCUUACUUUGUAAGAAUGGGUGAAGACCUACAUAUGCAGAAGGAAGUAAAUAUUACUGAAGCAUUAUGUGGUUGUAACUUUACUGUAAAACAACUGGAUAAAAGGACUUUAGCCGUAUCAUCAGCUGGUAUGGUUUUAUCUAAUGGUUGCGAGAAAUGCAUUAAAAACGAAGGCAUGCCACAAAGACAUUCACAAUUAAGCAGUGAAAGGGGAAAUUUAAUAAUUCAUUUCAGUGUAAAAUUUCCAGAUAAAAUAAACAAAAACAUAUUGGCGGAAUUAAAGGAAAUUCUGCCGCCGUUGCCCGCAUUUGAAAUGCCAAUAAAUCCGGAAACUGAAGAAUAUAAGUUGACAGAUUUCGACCCAGCUUAUAAACGAGACUACUGUGUAAGAGGCCAAGUGUUUGACGAUGAAAAACCCGAUGUUAAACUGAAAGCAAAACCCUCACCUUGUACCCAUCAGUGAUAUUCUAUGUCUAUUUUUACAUAAAAUGUUUCUAAUGUAAAAUUGUGAUUUUUCAUAUGCCGCCCAAAUUUUGUUCGAUUUUCUUUGUUUGCCUAAUGUUUUAAAUAAAUUUAACUAUAGUAAUUUGUAUUUAUUCCCCAACUAAGAUAAUGCUAAAGCCAAAUUAUCUAAAUUCUAAACAAUACUAUUCACUUACUUUACUUAUCACACAAAAACUGGCUUAUUUAAUUAUUUCUUUUUAAAGUGACCCCUUCAACACGCUCAAGUAAAAAACUGUCUCUUACUUCUGUAGCUUUAAACUUAAAAUAGCCCAAUGAAUACUAUGACAUUUUAAUACAAGUUCCGCAAGGUUUUUACUCCUAA